AUGUGGGCUAAUCGACUGCAAUUAAUCUUACAAGAAGAAGUGCAUGAUGCAGCAGUGAACCGUCAUAGGAAAUCGUUGCUUUCCAACCCGGUUCCAAAUGCUGCCUCCUACGGCCAUUUCGAGCGCGUACGCAAAUGCACCGUGCUGCAUAUCGUUUUGAGAAUUCUUCCCGCUUACAGUCACAACAUCAGUCAGAGCAUUGAUAGGAAAAUUUUACUCGGAUUUCAAUCUAACAAAUUUCACGCAACAAAGCAUUCAUUUUAG